CAGUUCGGAUGAAAAUAGUAACGCUCCUUGCACAUUAGAUGCAAUUGAAACGCUGCCCAUUUUUAAAUCAUGGGAGUUAAAUGAUGAUAUUUGCUCCAUUCUUGUGGACAACGGAGUGACAUCAAUGAUAAUUUUAACAAAAAUGGAUUGGGAAGAUAUCGACUGUUUAUUUGAAAAGGUUCCAACAAAAUUUUUUGGCGAAUGCAUUAAGUUUAAAGCGGGAUUAAGAGAAUGGAGGAAGAACAUGGUAAGUGCAGCAUAAUUUAACAACUUCUUUGGUGUACAUUUAUGCAAGCAUUUUUAGAAUAUACCGCUUGCACGUGAUGCAAGCACCUUGUCUGCGAGUAGUCGAAUUUUGGAGAGGUUAGAGAAAACUUCUGACGACUUAAAUGCAGCUAAAAGUUCAAGAGAUUCUUCACCAGUACUCCAGCCGACGUAUGAUAACUGCAUGGACAGUCGCAGCUUAACCGACCUUUGAAAAGGUAGGGUUAAAGGGCAGCUUGUGCUUCACUUUCAGCAGAAAAAUGGUUUCUUGGACGCCAAGCAGCAGAAUACAUUGUGACACUGCGUAAUAGAGAAUUAUAUAGGAAGGCGGAAAAAACUGACAUAUGGAGAAAUGCAAAAGUGGGCCAACAUCAUCUGCGAUGUACUCCCCAAAGAGAAUCCGGAAUUUUCUAGCAAGAAAACAUGGUAAGAAAAAUCCUAAGGGAAAGCUAUUUUCACGCUGGACGAAUGCUGACAAAACCAAUUAUAAAAAGUUUUCAACCGAUCGUACAACUACCGCUUCGYCAGCAGCUUUAUCCAGCGAUAAGUAUUACGAAAAGAAGUGCGGGCUGCAGAAUAAUUGCACACCAUGGGAACAGGUUAUUGAUUACUGGAAGGAGACAUCUGGUCAAAGAAUUAUAGAUAUGGAUAUCUAUAAGCGGCAUUUUUAGUGAAUGGCCGCGCUAUAAGGACUUUAGUGGAUAUGAACUUAAAUAGACUUUGAGACUCUUUACCCCGGGAAAGGAAAUAUGUUAUUUUUGUAAUUGGAGAAGUUUUAUAAGGAAAUCUUCAAAAUUUUUGAUAGAGAUAUAAAAACCCGUGUUUCAAGGGAACUGUUCUUAAAGUAUUUGCACAUU